AACACUGACUCGACGUUAUCACCUCCAGAGCACCGCGGAGCUGGAGCAGGUCUGGUUCUCUCUCUAGUCAUGUCCGGACAACCAGGGUUCGUGAGCCCGUUCUGCAGACCCAGGUGUCUGGCCGCUGCUGCUGCUGCUCCGGCGGGCAAAGCCAAGCUCACACACCCGGGGAAGGCGAUCCUGGCCGGAGGGAUAGCCGGAGGCAUCGAGAUCUGCAUCACCUUCCCCACAGAGUACGUGAAAACACAGCUGCAGCUGGACGAGAAGGCCAACCCUCCCAAAUACAAAGGCAUCUCGGACUGUGUGAAGCAGACGGUGAACGGUCAUGGGGUGAAGGGUCUCUACAGAGGGCUGAGCUCUCUGGUGUACGGGUCCAUACCUAAAGCAGCCGUCAGAUUCGGGGUGUUUGAGUUCAUCAGUAAUAAGAUGAGGGACGAAAACGGAAAACUUGACAGCAAGCGAGGAUUAAUCUGUGGCCUCGGAGCCGGAGUCGCUGAGGCCGUGUUGGUAGUUUGUCCCAUGGAGACUGUUAAGGUGAAAUUCAUCCACGAUCAGACAUCAGCGAACCCAAAGUACAAGGGAUUCUUCCACGGAGUGAGGGAGAUCAUUAGAGUUGAAGGACUGAAGGGGACGUACCAGGGCCUGACAGCCACCGUGCUGAAACAAGGCUCCAACCAGGCCAUCCGCUUCUACGUCAUGACGUCUCUGAGGAACUGGUACAAAGGCGACGACACCAACAAAUCCAUUAACCCUUUGAUAACCGGACUGUUCGGAGCCGUGGCCGGAGCUGCCAGCGUGUUCGGAAACACUCCCCUGGAUGUCAUAAAGACCAGGAUGCAGGGUCUGGAAGCUCACAAGUACAAAAGCACGCUGGACUGCGCCGCCAAGAUCAUGAAGCACGAAGGACCGAUGGCGUUCUACAAAGGUACCGUUCCCCGGCUGGGUCGGGUGUGCAUGGACGUGGCCAUCGUCUUCAUCAUCUACGAGGAAGUCGUGAAGGUCCUCAACAAAGUUUGGAAGACGGACUGAAACCUUCACAGACAGCAGGAGUUUUAGGACACCCAUUCACAUUAACAGUCUAGGUUCUAAUAUCUACCUCUACGUGAUUUACAGAGAGCAGAGAAAGGGAUUGGUAUGUUCUUUGGUUUUUAUUUAUAACACAGCUAAUACAAGUGGAAGCGUUAUCUGCAUGAAAAAGAAAAAGAAAAAGCUCCAGAGUGCAGAGUCGCUGCUUACACUUGUUAUUUUUCCUUAAAAUUCCAAAAAGGUGAAGUUCCUUUAAGAGCUCAGGGAAAAAGGAACGCAGCAUUUAUUCAGAUUGAGUACUAAUGUUUUAUAUAAUUAAUAUAAAGAGAAACCAAUACCCGACAUAAUGUGAUUUAGACACUGUAGACAAAGACAUUAUACUUGAAAUGAGAGAUUAUACCAGAGAUGAAAAUUUUUAAAAGCCCUCGUUAUAUGCAAGAAGUAGAUUUCUUUCUUAAAGACUUUUCAAAACAAGUAUUUCAUUCAGAAUCUGAUGAAAUAAUUUAUAUUCAGAUGUCUUAUGCCGGUUUUUUUAUUAAUUAUGCCACACGUGUACACAAGUUCUUUUAGAAAUGCACAUUUCCACUAAACAGGAGUAAAGGUGUUCACUUUUGAGUUGCAGAGAUUGUUUUUAAAUCAAUUAACUAAAAAAAAGUGCCUAUGUAUUGAUUUUGAGGUCUUUUGAGAUAAAGAAUGAUUGAAUGUUGUUCGUGCUUUAGUCACUACAGUUGUUUUAAUAAUGUUGCACACGGUGUGGUGGUGCCAGAUGUUUCAUUCCAAGCAGUUUCUGAGGUAUUCCAGAGAUGUUCUUCUCUUCUAAAUGAAUCAAAACUGUUUUCCAAUGAAUUUUUGCUUUUGCAUUUUAAAUUGCCUUUAUUGACUCAACAUUCCUGUUUGAGAAGUGCCAUUAAAAGUGCCUUCCAUCUCAUUCCAGGAAGGACGAGUGUUUGAGGAUAGCGUUUUAUUGCAGAUUCUGUUUUAAAAUUUGUAACUUUUAAUUAUUGCCUUUUUAUUUUUUUAAACCAACCGACGAGCCAAUGUGCCAAUUGCUGCUCAAAGCAAUGUUUUAAACUGGAGUCUGGCAUGCAAUGCUACUAAUUGUUUUACAAAUGUUUACUCCAGCUUGCAUACAUGUAGACUCAAUCUCAUUUUUUUUUUCAUAUUAAGACAUGAAAAAGUAUUCCAGUAGUUAAAACGAAGUAUUGUGCCUUCAGUCUAAUUAAUUCUAACAAAUAAACAUUCAAUCAGACCGUU